UGCACCGCAACUCACUGAAGCUUUCCUUUUCUUGUUAGCUAGUGCUGAUAACCGACGAGCUCUCGCCAAAAUACCCGCUUAUUAAUGAAAAACCACUAAACUGUUACUCAAGAACUCGAUAUUUUAGUCACCAAAGGUUCCGCUAAGGAUACGAAUAUGAUCCGUUUCAUCCUCAUCCAGAACCGGGCAGGAAAAACCCGGUUGGCCAAAUGGUACAUGCAGUUUGAUGAUGACGAAAAGCAAAAGCUGAUUGAGGAAGUGCAUGCUGUGGUUACUGUCAGAGAUGCCAAACACACCAACUUUGUGGAGUUCAGGAACUUCAAGAUCAUUUACCGGCGUUACGCUGGGCUGUAUUUCUGCAUUUGUGUGGACGUGACUGAUAACAACCUGGCGUACCUGGAGGGAAUUCACAACUUUGUAGAGGUCCUGAAUGAGUAUUUUCACAAUGUGUGCGAGUUGGACCUGGUGUUCAACUUCUACAAGGUGUACACAGUAGUGGACGAGAUGUUCCUGGCAGGAGAGAUCAGGGAGACCAGUCAGACCAAGGUCCUUAAGCAGCUUCUCAUGCUUCAGUCGCUGGAGUAAAAACAAAAUCCUCGUUCCUUUCUGUCCACUUUUCUGCCCACCCAGCAUCCGAAAAAAUAUAUAUAAAUAUAUAUAUAUAUACUUUGUUGUGUAAUGUCACUUAAAAGAAAAAAUCCUUUAGUUUUUCAACAUGCUGAGUUACAGCAGGCAUGUGGAAGACGACUACACAACAUUAACAUUUAGACAACCUAUUUUUUUUUUUUCCUCCUGCAGUUUUUAUCUUAACCUCUGAAUCAUUUUUCACACUACAUUUCAACAUGUCAGCAUUUCAAGUUUUAAAGAGGUUGGUUACCUUGAGAUGGGUUAUUCUUGAUAGUUACCUUUUCGCUCGUGGCAUUUAUCUCCAUGCUCAGUGGAAACAGUGACAACAACCUCUUCAUUCCCACUUUAAACAAAGCCGUUCUUUAACAGCACUACGAUUUCUAAAAAAGCACCAUUAAAAACAGACCAGGCCCAUAUCUCAUCAAAGUUCUUUAAAUCUUCCAAAAUAAUGUCUUUGGGUGGCAUUAAUAGUUGUGUUAAUGUGUAAUGCCAACAUGUGUAGAUGUGUGUGAGUGAUGACGGAGCCUGUAAGAGAAUGAAGGAUUACCAAUCAAAACGGUGCUCUUUAGUUACUAUUAACAUUUAGAAAUCGAUAAAGAUCCGGACAUAUAAAGGUGUGUUUAUUGUCAAGCACUGCUUUGGAGUUUGCUUUGUGUGAUCUGUAUAAAUAUUGUGAAAUGACUGGUCAUGAAGAUUACCUUCAAAAAUAUGUACUCGUUUGAGAUCAAUACAUUCCUGCAGCAUCGUAUGAUGUGCGUUUAAAAUUCCAGAGUAACGUCUCUUUGGAUUGCCAUGUCUGGUGAAAAUCCCAUAUUUUUGACCUUAUUUAGUCCCGUGAUAUGUUAGACAUUUUGUUUUUCACGAAGACAAGAUUGAAACAUGUACCCACCUCUCCUCGUCUGUGAGUUUAAUGGAAGAUGUUACUGUCUUAAAUUCAGCUGCCUACAUCAGCACGUCCCAUUUUGUGUAAAUAAACAUUUAUCAUUCAGCUUU